AUGCAAUCGCUCUCUCUAAAGUCGUUACUAGUCGUAGGUGCUUGCCUUGCCUCUGCAGCCUCCGCCCUCAACACCAAGCUCGUCGGAACAUGGUCGACGAAAUCCGCAAAAGUGUUGACAGGCCCGGGCUUUUACAAUCCGAUCAACGACAGUUUCAUCGAGCCGAAGCAUACAGGCAUUUCCUACUCGUUCACAGCGGACGGGUUUUAUGAGAGCGCAUACUACAGAGCGAUUUCGAACCCUACGAAGCCAUCAUGUCCGCAAGCGAUCAUGCAGUUUCAACACGGGACCGUCGUCGAGAACGCAAACGGGUCUCUCAGUCUGACGCCGUUCAGCGUCGACGGCAGGCAGCUGCUAUCGAAUCCAUGCGCAGGCACUACAUCCACAUACACGCGAUACAACCAGUCCGAAACCUUGGAGGCACGGAUUCCCCCCCCCCAUCCAAACACUCUCUACGUGGACGCCUACUCCAAGAUGACCCGUCUCGACCUCUACCAAUUUGACGGCUCCCCAAUGCACCCCAUGUACCUUGCCUUCAACCCGCCGCAGAUGCUGCCCACGGUCACCAUGAACCCGACAGUGACAGCUACCGCUGUAGGAACGAAGGCGAAGCGGACGUUGGGGGCCGGAGAGGGAGAGGAGCUCAUAGAGCCGCUGAAUAAGAAUGCUCCGCACAUCACGCGCGAUCACGAGCUCACUUUUAUUCAACGAGUCGAUUUGGAUAUGCUGUGGUAUACUGGCGUAGGAAUGCUCGUUACGGGAACGGUUGCGUACUGUCUAUGA